GCCGGCUGCUGGCCGUUGGAUGCUUCCAGUGCCUGAUUCACUCGAAGCCAAAUCAGAACAGAACAAAACAGAACAGAGCCAGAACGAAGCGCAAUCUCUCUAGCAGCCGACACACAAUUCAGAUAAAAGAUACAGGCACAAUUAUAGAGAGACAAACAUAUAUUAGAGAUGGCGGCCAGCAGGGAGCUAAUUGAGGAGCUGUACACCUUCAUCUAUCCGCUGGCAGUGCGAGCGGGAGCAAUACUCCUCGAGGGCUACGAGAACGCGGGCAAGGCAGUGUCCCUCAAGGAUGGGGAGUUCUACAACGUGGUGACCGCCUAUGACAAUCAGAUAGAGGAGUUCCUCAUGGAGCAGAUACUGGCCAGCUAUCCGGACCACAAGUUCAUCGGGGAGGAGGACACGCACAAGAACAACAAUGUGACCAAGGAGCUAACGGAUGCCCCCACCUGGAUCAUUGAUCCCAUCGAUGGCACGUCCAAUUUCAUCAAACAAAUUCCCCAUUUCUCUGUCUCCAUUGGCCUGUCCAUCCACAAACAGAUCGUGCUGGGAGUGGUCAACAAUCCCGCCCAGAAGAAGCUAUACACCGCCAAGCUGGGGCAGGGCGCCUUCUGCAAUGGCGAGGCCAUCCACGUGAGCAGCUGCGAGCAUCUGAAUGACGCCAAUGUGGCCUACGAAGUGUGUCUGCUGCACGCCCCAAAGAUCCGCAACAAGCACAUCAAGCGCAUCUAUCACGUGGGAUCGCAUGCCAGGCGCCUUCUGGCCUACUCGGCUGUGGUGGAUUCCCUGUGCAUGGUCGCUGCCGGCAAUCUGGAUGCCUUCCACAUCGAGGACAUGUUCCCCUGGGACUGUGCCGCCGGCUACUUGCUCAUCCGGGAGGCUGGCGGUGUGGUAACCCAUCCCUAUGGCGGCCCCUUUGAGAUCAUGAAACCAGACCUCAUAUGUGCUGGCACCGAGUCCCUGCGGGCGGAGAUCGAGCAGCUCAUACGCAAGGCGGACCAGGAGAAGCAUGUGGGGGGUGGCGAUAGUGAAUGAAUAUCUUUGUUGGAAAAAGAAUAAACUAUGCGAAAUGUGGCCAAUCAUCAUUCUA